CACGUAUGAUCCAGUACUAGUGAUGAAGGACUUGCGCUUAAGAACAUAACAUACACAUGAGAACACCGGAAUAGCAGAAAUCACAAACAGCGCUUUAGAAAUAAUAAUAAUCGGGUUUUUUUAAUCUAUAAUGGAACGUCGAAACACAAAUGCAUUAACGUAUAUUUUGAUAAUUAACAGUUUUAUAUGUUCGAUCCAUGGACACGGAAGAUUAAUUGAUCCUCCCGGAAGAGCCUCCAUGUGGAGAUAUGGUUUCAGUACACCAGUUGAUUAUAAUGACAACCAAUUGUUCUGUGGUGGAUAUAAUGUACAUCAUUUUCAAAAUGGCGGUAAAUGUGGAGUCUGCGGGGACGAGUAUGGAAAACCCCAACUUAACCAACCACCUGGAAAAUUUGCCACUGGUAUCAUCACCAGGAGCUAUACGGUGAACAGUAAUGCCUCAAUGAUGUUUGAAAUAACUGCAAGCCAUCGCGGAUACCUUGAAUUCAGGAUUUGUCCGAACAAUGAUGUAACUAAGGCAGUCACACAGGACUGUCUUGACCAGUAUAUACUUUCUGAUGUCCAAACAGGAGGAACGAAAUUUUAUUUUAAUUAUCAAACAGGAGGAAAAUUUACAGCAACGGUUUCACUCCCAAGAGGUUUAACAUGUUCUCACUGUGUUAUUCAGUGGCGAUAUCGUACAGGAAACAGUUGGGGAUGUAAAAAUGAUGAUGCAUCAAAUCCUGAAAAUUGUGGAAUCGGAAAAGGAAGACAGGAAGAGUUUUUUGCAUGCGCAGACGUUGCAAUAAACGACAAUGGAUAUGUCGCAUCUUCUUCAACAACAGCUUCGGUUGCAACUUCUUCAACCACAACGUUUAAAGAUUCUACAUCAUCGCCACAAUUACUUUCGUCUACGCCAAUGCAAUCAUCGACAACUUCUUCCCCCACAGUAUUAUCUACGGUGACAACUUUUUUAUCCACGUUAUCUUCCACAACAAAAAAAUCAGUACAGGUAAAAUGUACUGCGAUAGGAGCCUUUAAAGGAAAUUCUGUUAUGGACUGGUGGUGUAGAAUCAACUGCCAGGUUGGAUACUGCCCAACAACAUACUGCAGUGAGGGUUGUAGUUCAACUUCAGCCAGUAUUCCAACAACCGUUACCCCAGCCAGUAUUCCAACAACCAUUACUUCAGCCAGUAUUCCAACAAUCAUUACUUCAUCUAGUACAACCAGCACUUUCACCACAAACAAAAUAACAACAUCAGCGACAACAGUAUUAAUCAUUCCAAGCACAUCCGAAGGUCCGCCUUCCGAAACUAUUACAUGUGUUGGCACAGGCGCAUGGAAAGGCGAUACAGCAAUGGCUGCUUGGUGCGAUUCUAACUGUAAAUUAGGUCAUUGUCCUCCUAGUCACUGUCAGUGUCUUAAAGAUGGCACAUUGACCGAAAUAACGUAUGGUUUAGGGGAUAAAUGCGUUACUGUGAUGGCAAAUAUUUCUUCAAGCUACAAAAUGUAUAUGGAUCUUUGGUGUAAACAUAAUUGUCCAAGUUAUGGAUGUUGGAAUAUUCCACACAUUUGUGUAUGCUAAAGAGAAAAAAGAAUAUUGAAAACUAAAAUUAUGUGCAUAUCUACCUUUCACAAAAAAACGAACUCGAAUUAGAUUGUCCUUUUGGGAUUGUAUUAUGAUAUUGGUUAUAAAAGUUGCCUUGUUGCUUGUUUAUCAUUAAACACAAUAGUUGACAUUAGUCGAAAUGAGUAAGGAGAAUGGUAGAUUGGAAUAAUUUCAUAAUUUGAAAAAUCCAAAUUCAUUGGCAAACAUGGGAAAACACCUCAAUAACCCAAAAAGGGGAAAAACAAAUAGCAGAUAUAGUCACACUUCGGAUUUGGUGGAGUACACAAAGAAAUUUUAUUAAACAAAUAUGUGCCUCUGUCCGACUGAGCUAAUUAACUAAACAGCAUUUGAUAUCAUCUUGAUGUAAAUUACAUAAUGUCAUUUAGAAUAAAAGUAUC